AUGAGUUUCCACCUCAACGGCAUCUCUCAUGCAAGUUUCAAGAUAUUCUCGAGUCUUGCCGAAUCUCUUCUGGCACUGAUUAUCUUGCAUCGGGAGUACUACACUGAUUUUCCGUUCUGUCCAUGGAAACAUGGAACUGAAGCCUGCAAACAUAUCUUUGGGUGGAUGAGAGUUAUCUCACCAAACUUCAGUGUUCUUGAUGCUUGUCUAAUGAUGCCAAAAAUCAUCGCUGUUGUCAAAAGUAUCAUGAGUGGCAGGAUGAAAAUACCCCCAUCAGAACACCUACAUUCAGGAUCUCAGAAGAUCUUGCCGCUGCUAAGCAACGUGCUCUUAGCGACCGAUCUUGAUGGUUUGGAUGAUGUAGAAGACGUUCUUCGAUCAACUGUAGAUACAGUCCAAGCGCAAUUGCCAGAUAUUUUGACUAGCAUUUCCAAAGACUACGAAAUCAACUAUAGCUGCAAAUUUGGUGAAUUUCCUGAGGAUGAGGCUUUUGAAGCCGCAGCUAUGUUAACAAAAGAGCAGAACUCUCUCGAUGUAUUGCUCAAUCAAAUACCCGACACUCUUGAGAGCAAGAUGGUUCAAAAAUCUGCGAUGUCAAUCUCAAACCUCCUCAACUCUAGCGGUAUGUACUGUUUAGCUUAG